CUGAUGCUCUUGCAAAGGGUGCCAGUGCCUUGGAAGAUAAAGCUCCAGAAGAAGCAACUAAAUUCUAUGAUGACGCUUGCACACUUCUAGAAGAAGAUGGAAAGGAGCAGAUGGCUUUUGACUUGUACCGUGCUGCUGCAAGUUUAUAUGUGAAGCUUGAGAAGUACUCGGAUGCCGCUGCAUUCCAUUUAAGACUUGGUUCAGCUGCUGAUAAGUGCAAUGCCGUCAACAUCCAAUGCAAGGCCUAUCUGAGUGCGAUCAUUAUCUACCUUUAUGCACAUGAUUUUCAACAAGCUCAGAAAUGCUACAAUGAUUGCUCGGAGGUUCAAGGCUUCCUGAAUAGUGACCAGAAUCGAUGUGCAAUGAAACUGUUGUCUGCUUAUGAGGAAGGUGAUACUGAAGAAAUCAAGCGUGCUGCUCAAUCAAGUGCCAUUAAUCACCUUGACCAUGUGGCUGAUGCAUAUAUAUAG